GAAUUCCAAAGCAGCAGUGCGAGGGAAGAAGCAACGAGAGAAUUGUUGACACGGCUGGAGGAAACGACGAGUGAAGUUCACGGGGACUGUAGCCAUGGUGGUGGUAGUAGCAGGGACAUAACAGUGACAAGGAGGCGAGCGAUUCCUACACCAGAAGCGGGUGUUUGCUCCUCGCCACGUCGGGUUGAGGGAGGUCCAAAGCGAGGGGGCGAGUUGUCUGCGUGUGGAUCGGGUCAGACGAGGAGGCGAGCGCGUUCGGCGAGAGACACUCGGUUCGCUGGGACGCGCGUUUGGCUUGAGACGGGGAACUGCAAAGUGAAGGCGAGGCGCUCUUGACGCGCGGGGCGGAUGUCGCGGCCAUGGGCUGCAGAGGAAACAAGACUUGCUGCCGGCACUGGUGGGGCUGGGUGGUAGCCCUGGCUUACUUCGGCUACCUGCUGAUAGGAGCCGCCGUGUUCCAGGCCCUGGAGAAGGCGACCGAAACGUCGAACCAGGAGAACCUGCAGCUGGAGAAACUGGAGUUUCUCCGCAACUACACUUGUCUGGACGCACAGGCGCUGAAGCAGUUUGCGCAGGUGGUGGUGGAGGCCAUGUCGCAGGGUCUGCACCCCGAGGGGAACUUCUCCAGCAUCACCAACUGGGAUUUCAGCUCCUCCUUCUUCUUCGCCGGGACGGUGGUGACCACGAUAGGCUACGGACACCUGGCGCCCAAUACGGUGGGCGGGCAGGUGUUCUGCGCCUUCUACGCGCUCUUCGGAAUCCCCUUCAACGUGAUCGUGCUAAACAUGGUCGGCAAGAGCAUCACGCGGCACGCCAAGCGCCUGGAGAUGCGGAUCCGGAAUAAGGGCUUCAACAAGAGGAAGGUGAAGGUGGCCAUCGCGCUGCUGUCGCUGCUGGGAGGGACGGUGCUCUUCCUGCUGCUGCCCCCGCUCGUGUUCGGCGUGCUGGAGGGCUGGACCUACACCGAGGGCUUCUACUACGCCUUCAUCACGCUCAGCACCAUCGGCUUCGGGGACUACGUGGUCGGAAACAACCCAAACCGCACGUACGCGCACAGCUACCGCGGACUGGUUGCCCUCUGGAUCAUAUUCGGCAUCGCCUGGCUCGCCGUCAUCUUCAACCUGUUCAUGGGCAUCAUAGAGGAGUCCAAGAGAGUGCUGAACAAGGUUCGUUUCAAGCCGCGACAGAACGGGAAGUUCUGUGUGCUGAUGUGCGCCGAUACUCCCAUCCGGAAGUCGGGCAGCACCUCUGACGAGAGACUGGGCACCAACUACGGCUCCGCAGCGACGCCUGAGAAGGAGUGCGCGGAGCCCACGGGCGUCUCCCGGACGCCGUCCUCCACGGACAGCAUCGACGGGGGCGAGGCCGAGAUAGCCCUCAAAGUGUUGGGGGUCGCCAACGCUCACUGACGUCGUCGUUCCGCGUAGCUCUCCUUCCGACUGGGGAAGGGGGGGUCGUGUGGGCGGGGGGCGGGGGAACAAGCGAGGCGCUCCAUUCGCCUCCUGAAAAAGCUGCCAGCAUGUGGAGUGAAACAGUCGGCGUCAUCGUCGUGAAACACACCGGGAAUUGCUCCGCAAAGUAAAACGCUUGACAAAACGAUCAGGAAAAAAGCCACGCACGUGCACGAAUUCCGCAACGCUUUUCAACGUGCGUCUGUCCUCGGAAGCAUUUCGCGAGCGAUCACGAUGUCACAUUUUAAGCCGCACAAUGACACGACAUCACACGCAGUGCCGCCAUCGGGAGGCGAGGCACGAAUGCUGAUGCGUGACGUCAUUACAUUGGCCAGCAAGGAAAACACUUUUAGCGCUGGUUUUUAUUGCUUAAUUAUGGGAACCUCUUUGGUAAAUUUGGCAGAUGGUGUCUUGGGUCAGUCCCUAAUAAUAACGCUACUUUAAACUGAAAUUAUGUUAACAAUGGAUCAUAUUCCACCCCCUCCCCCUAUUGUAUCUAUCACGACCAUGUAGGAUAGUAAGGUCAGCGUGGUCGCUUUGCUUAGACAUUUUUUUGGAUAAAUAAGGGUACUGUAGUACGUUUGGUAGAGAAUAUAAAAUAUUUACGGACAUGAACAAUACAUAUUAUGUUUAUAAAAACGGUAUUGACACUAAGAUUACAGCCCAUGUUGGUGAAUACUGGUAGCACAACCUUUCCCCAAGUGGAACUGGCCAACCACCUUGGACCAUGGGCAGUCUGUGUUCCACACAGAGGAGGCUGUUGUGGGGUCGCUUAUCUCUGACAGGGAGAACAUUUAACUUGAAAAGGUGUAACGGUUAUGAGGGCAGUCCAUUUGUGUGCUGGGCCAGACAUCGUUCACCCUGACCAGCGUUAUCAUAACUUGCUUGCAAAGGAAUCGACGAGCACACCUGUGCCGCACGUGUGCACGACCCAAUGAUGUACCAAAUUCGCUUCCAUUGUCGUGGUACACGAGCCAGGAGUCUUGUCUGAAAGACGCGUCCGUUUGAAGACACCGAGGUUUCUUGUGCAUUCUCACAGAGCGCACGAACGGUUAAACGCAGUGCCCCACGUUUUUUUUAUCGCCCGUGCCAGUUGACUGAUAGCGAGACGGCACUUGCAACACAACUUCUUAUCUCCUGGAAAAGUGUACUCCAUACCUAAUAGACAUAUAGUUUACAACUUUGGACUUGAUAUGUAAACAGCUGGGUUGGGUUUUUUUUCUCCUUCCAAGGGUUCAAUGAUACGUUAUUGGAAACUCACUACAAGGCCGUAAUUAUAAUAUAUAUUGGGGGGGGACACAUCCCCCCCGAUAUUCAAAUAUGCUCAAAAUGUCCCCCCCCCAAUAUAUUGCUAUAAAAAUAAUUGCUAUGCUAUGUAGAUAAAAACAACAAUUUGCUAAACCUUGGCCACAAUAUCUGGACUUGUCUUCUUAUAAAUUGUGGUUAUGGUUGUACUUUAUUAAUCCGUAAUCUCUGCCAUUACAUACAAUGAAACAAGAAAUGGUAAAAACAAGUCAAAACAGAGCAAUGUAAUACAAUACACUAUUCGACAUUAUUGUAAAUAAAUAAAUAAAAAGCACAUGCCAUGUGUUAGUGAAUUUUUAAAUAUUUUAGACAGGAAAUUAGUUUUCAAGUUUAGAUAUUUUUCUGGGUUGGGACCCCCAGACACCCUGGAAGAUUUGGUCCCCCCCCCAAUGUUGACUCCAUGUCUACGGCCUUGACUCACGAUAUAGUUUUUUAUUUAAUCGUUGAACAUCUUUUGCUUUACAUUUCCAUCUUUCAAGGCCACGUAAAAUAUAUCUAUAAUCUAGCGGGCAAAGGGAACAAAGAGAGAUUUCGACGCGGGCGUUCUCAGUCGCACGCCGUCGCCUGUCGCUCCGCUCGGGCACGGCACGGCAACUGGGGCCUUGGGCUGUGUCGGUGGGGGGUUGUGCCGAAGGCGUGCGAUCAAACCGAAGGACGAUGAUCUUUGAACCACCUGCGUUCCUCGCACUCCCGACGCCGCUUGGGAGCCGCAGCCAUAUAAAGUUUUAGCGCUCUGCCGCGCGUUUAUCAAGGGCACAGCCCAACAAUCGUCAAAUCCUUGCUGCAUGUGUAGAAGCCAUAAUCGCGUGCACAUCUCUGAAAAUAAACUGACAUACAUUCUUUAUUUACAAAUGUAUAAACUCUUGCGGUUUUUGUUGUUGAGGCGGUCGUGCAUAACUUAUGCCAACGUUAUCUGCAAAUGUUUUCAGAACUGAUGUUACUGAUGCUAAUCAGCGGCAUAAUUAUAUUAUCCGAGUGCCGAAUAGUGUUUCUCGAAUAUGCUCAUUGGACGGACACUGCAACAUUGAGGCAACGUGGAUGCAAAAAUGAUAUAAGCCGCAUUUCUCUUGCAACACGCAUGCCGUCUAACCGUGAAUAAGCUGCAAAUUCGAGACAACACAUUUUCCUGCCGUGGAAAUGGACACUGGAGGAGGCUCCUGCCCAGGUCGUGGUGCCGUGGGCACUGCGAUAGGCUCACCGCAUCCUCGAUUGGAUUUCCUCAUUUUGUCAAAGCCUUGAGCGAUGGGUGGGAGGGGGGGGGCAAAGCUCGCUCACGGGGCUUAGAGCUCACACCUGCGGGGCUUAGAGCUCACACCUGCGUCUGUACACAGCCUGCCACCUCCGGUGCCUUCCCCGCAUUGUUCCCAUUCGCACGUCAAACAUGGGGUUGCCAACGGAGCGACUGAACGCAAACUCA